CUGUGUCCACGUCAUUGGUGGGGGCGGGGCAUUGUUACUCUGUUGACGCUCCCACGGCUCGGCGAUCAUGGCGUCGGUGGCAGCACUGUGGCGGAGGGCGAGAAACUAUAUGAAGACCAAGGAGUUCCGGGACUACCUGACCAGCACCCACUUCUGGGGUCCCGUGUUCAACUGGGGCCUGCCGCUGGCCACCGUUAAGGAUAUGAGAGCAUCGCCCGACAUCAUCAGUGGCCGCAUGACGACGGCGCUUAUCUUGUACUCGAUGGCCUUCAUGCGUUUCGCCUACCGCGUACAGCCUCGAAACUUGCUAUUGUUGGCGUGCCACGGCACCAACAUCGUGGCGCAGAGUGUGCAGGCGGGCCGCCUGAUCACCCACUGCUACGGCAGUGGCACCGCAAGCACUGCUGCCACCGUCGCCACCGACGACGUUCCCACCACCACCGCCGCUGACGACGACACCACCAGCGUUCCCACCUGCGCCCAUGUGUGUCCUUGCGAAUUUGAGGCUGACAACUGCUGCUAGGCAGGCGCCGGCUCCAACCCGGUGUCCUCCAAACCUGGGUGAGCAGACUGAUCGAGUUUUGCAGCUUGCAAGCACUGAACUGUUACUCUUCCUGAAGAAAAGACCAGUGAAAAGUUUGGUUUUGACUCCAGUAAAACAGUGCGAAUCUGA